GGAGAGAGGCAGGUGAGCCCUGCAGCUUUGGACUACCUCCUGCCCUCCUCCUGACUGCGAGGUGCCCCUUGCUGGCCCAACCCAACAGCACUGUCCUCUGGGGAGGUUCCCAGCCCUGCCUGCAUCCCGGGAAGGAGCUGCACUGCUGAGGGUCACCCCACACCAGGGACAGAGAGAGCAAGGCUUUUCCCAGGCAUCAGGAAUGUCUUCUGAGCCCACUUCAUCCGCCUCCCAGCAGUCCCCUGCCUCUCCACCCUCUCCCGGUUCUCUCCGUCUGCCCGAGAGCCGCAGGGCGAGGGACCGCUCCCCGUCGCCCAUGAGGUACCUCAUCCCCAGCCCGCUGCCCACCCGACGGACCAGGACGUUUUCUGCGACCGUGAGGGCAUCAGAGGGUCCCAUCUACAAAGGUGUCUGUAAGUGCUUCUGUCGCUCCAAAGGCCAUGGUUUCAUCACCCCUGCAGAUGGAGGGCCAGACAUCUUCGUACACAUCUCGGACAUCGAGGGCGAGUACGUUCCUGUGGCGGGCGACGAGGUCACCUACAAGAUGUGCACCAUCCCCCCGAAGAACGAGAAGCUGCAGGCAGUGGAGGUGGUGAUCACCCACCUCGCCCCUGGCACCAAGCACGAGACCUGGUCGGGGCACGUCGUCAGCCCCUGAGGUGUGUCCCAGGGUUGACCCGUGUGGUCACUGCUCAACAGCUGCCUGCAGGGGACCUGUCCUGAGAGUAUCCCACGUGUUCUUGCAGGAGGAAACACUGCAGUUGUCAAUAAGGCAGAAGCAGGCCACAAUUACAGGGUUUUUUUUAUAGCUGGCCUGAUUUAAAAAAAAAAAAAAAAGAAAAAAAAAGGCAAUUCAAAUGCUAAUGAAAAAAAUCUAGCGUAAUGUGUUUACAAAAAAUGUAUUUAAAGAGACCUAGUUUGUGUGCUUGAUGGAGGAGGGGAGGUUUGGUUUUUUUUUUUCUUUUAUCUUGUGAACUGAUUCCAGGAAAUGCCCAGGGGGAGCGGGGAGAGGUUUGAGGAGAGCUCUUCUGGUGCAGAUGGCCAUAACUGCGAGACCCUGGCAUUGUGUGAGCCCUCUGCUCCCUUGGGCUGCUCUUCUGGAGGGUUACAGUACAUUUAUUGCUGAUAACAGUGCCUGAAUGCCUUGCCUUGAGAGAGAGAGAGGUGUUCAUUGCUGCAAUUUGUUGUCCUCGUGGAAUGAAGUUCACAAACAGCAGCAGCCAUGAGGUGGAAAUUCUCCAUCUAGUGGUUACACUCCAGUGCACCAUUUGCACGUGGUGUGGCUGCACCGGUGUGGAAACUGUAUUGUGGUUGUAAAGUCAGGACUGUUUGUGAAUUUACUUAGGUGCCUUGGUGGUUGAUUAGCAACAAAUUUUAUAGGCCAGUAUUAAAAA